AUGGCGCCCACCGCCCACCGCCUCGAGCGCCGCUCCGACGACCUGGGCAUAUACGACGAUGCCAAGACGUACUACUCCUCGGACGAGCGACACGCGACCAGCUCGGGCGCCCGGAGCCGAACCUUGUCGCAGGUGAGCGAGCCUCCGCCGUCCGGCCCGCCGCCACGGGCUCCCGGAGCCUCAUCGCCGCGGCAGCCACGGCAGGUGCCGCCCCCGAGCCGACGUCGACGUCCCGCUGACGAGACAGCUGCAGACGAAAAGGGCACCUCCGACGGCCGCCGUUUCCUCAUCGACGUCGACGCGACCCUCCAGAGCCUCCAGGACCAGGAGGACACCGACGGCAACAUGCAAAUCACCAUCGAGGACAACGGACCCAAGGUCCUCUCCCUGCGCACCGCCGCCUCGGCCGGCCACAACCGCUUCGACGUCCGCGGCACCUACAUGCUCUCCAACCUGCUGCAGGAGCUCACCCUGGCCAAGGAGUACGGCCGCAAGCAGAUCAUCCUCGACGAGGGCCGCCUCAACGAGAACCCUGUGAGCCGCCUGUCGCGUCUCAUCCGCGACCACUUCUGGGACGGCCUGACGAGGCGCAUCGACGCCUCGACCAUCGAGAUCGCCGCGAGGGACCCCAAGGACUGGACCGACGACCCCCGGCCGCGCAUCUACGUGCCCGUCGGCGCGCCCGAGCAGUACGAGUACUACAAAAAGGUGGCGGCCGACCGGCCCGAGAUUCGCCUCGACGUCCGCCUGCUGCCCGAGGACAUCACGGCCGAGAAGAUCCGCGACAUGAACGACAAGCCGGGCCUCCUCGCCGUCGCCGUCGAGAAGGAGGUCGACGCCGACGGCGAGACGACGCUCCGCGGCCUGCCCUUUGUCGUCCCCGGCGGCCGCUUCAACGAGCUCUACGGCUGGGACAGCUACAUGGAGUCGCUCGGCCUGCUCGUCCACGACCGCGUCGACCUCGCCAAGUCCAUGGUGGUCAACUUUUGCUUCUGCAUCGAGCACUACGGCAAGAUCCUCAACGCCACGCGGUCCUACUACCUCGGCCGCUCGCAGCCGCCCUUCCUCACCGACAUGGCCCUCCGCGUCUACGACAAGAUCCGGCACGAGGACGACGCCGACGAGUUCCUGCGCCGCUCCAUCCUCGCCGCCAUCAAGGAGUACCACAGCGUCUGGACCGGCAAGGUCCGCCUCGACCCCGCCACGGGCCUGUCCCGCUACUGCCCCGAGGGCCUGGGCGUGCCUCCCGAGACCGAGGCCGGCCACUUCGUCCACGUGCUCGACCCCUACGUCCGCAAGCACGGCAUGACGUUUGACGACUUUGUGCGCGCCUACAACGCCCGCGAGAUCGACGAGCCGGCCCUCGACGACUACUUCAUGCACGACCGCGCCGUCCGCGAGUCCGGCCACGACACGACCUACCGCUUCGAGGGCGUCUGCGCCCACCUCGCCACCGUCGACCUCAACUCGCUGCUCUACAAGUACGAGACGGACAUUGCCCGCACCAUCCGCGCCGUCUUCCACGACAAGCUCGUCGUCCCCGCCGAGUUCUGCGCCGGCACGCCCUACGAGCCCGGCGAGGCCCUCUCCUCGGCCGCCUGGGAUCGGAGGGCGAAGCGGCGCAAGCUCACCAUGGACAGGCUCAUGUGGGACGACGACGAGGGCAUGUUCUUCGACUACAACAUGGCCGACCGGAAGCGGUGCUCGUACGAGAGCGCCACCACCUUCUGGGCCAUGUGGGCCGGCGUCGCCUCGCCCAAGCAGGCCGCCGACAUGGUCAAGAAGGGGCUGCCCAGGUUCGAGGCCUUUGGGGGCCUGCUGUCCGGCACGGAAAGGUCGCGGGGCGAGGUCGGGCUCGAGCGGCCCAACCGGCAGUGGGACUUUCCCUACGGCUGGGCGCCGCAGCAGAUGCUUGCCUGGACCGGCCUGCUGCGCUACGGCUUCACCGACGAGGCCGAGCGGCUCGCCUACAAGUGGCUCUUCAUGAUCACCAAGGCCUUUGUCGACUUUAACGGCGUCGUGGUGGAAAAGUACGACGUGACGCGGCCCGUGGAUCCUCACCGGGUAGAUGCCGAGUACGGGAACCAGGGUCUCGACUUUCAGGGCGUCGCCAAGGAGGGCUUCGGUUGGGUCAACGCGAGCUACGUCUACGGCAUGCAGAUUGUCAACGCCCACAUGAGGCGAGCGCUGGGGACGCUGACGCCGUACCCGACCUUUAUGAGGGCCGUCGAGCAGACCAACGAGCGAGCGCUGGCGGACUUGCCGUCGCCCCUUGUGUGGCUGUCGCCUGUGCGCAUGAGCAUGGGCGCGCACGAGCAGCAUGAUUCCAUGCGCUUCGGACGUGCCCGUGCCGUUUCAUGCCGUGGCCGCGCCGGGGUCGAUGCGACCGCUGAGCCGGCGCUUCGUACGGCGACUGCUCUUCCGUCGACCACCUACGAUACGAAGCCACCUACGAUACGAAGCCACCUACGAUACGUUGUCAUGUUGGGUGCUGCCGUCUUUGGGCUGCCAGCCUACGACCCGGUCAAGUUCCGAGCUGUGCCUCGCUCAGAAUCGAGCAAAGGCGGAUGGAUGGACGGAGGGAUGGAUGUGCGCAAGCGCCGUGGCCGCUGUACUUGGCUGGCUGUGACCGUCCGACCCAGCUGCCGUUGGUACGGGACCGAGUACCUGCUUGGCAUGGGCCGACACGGAGCUCUUUACUAG